AUGUCAGCAGAGGAAGCAAGCAACGGUGCUGCAGCAGCAGCAGCAGCGCAGCAGCAGCAGCAGCAGCUGCUGCAGCAGCAGCAGCAGGAUGCCGGUAUUCCUCAAAUACCUGGGUCUAAUGAAGGCCAAGGAGUUAGCGAGGGUUUACAAGGUGGUGGUUUAGCAGAUGGUUAUGAUAACAGGUCCUAUGGGGGGGAGCAGCAGCAGCAGCAGCAGCAGCAGCAGCAACAGCAGCAGCAGCAGCAGCAGGGGGAUUCACACCCACCCACAACCAUGACAGAGGAGGAAAGAACAGCAAGAAAAAUAUUCGUUGGAGGGCUCAACAGAAAUACUACAGCGGAGUCGCUGCGGGAGUAUUUCUCUUCCUUUGGCCCUGUGCAUCAUACGGAGGUUUUGUUUGAUAAACUUACAGGAAGGAGUCGAGGGUUUGGGUUUGUAACAUUUGAGGAGAUGGAGACAAUUAAUAAUGUAGUGGAUAGACACCACACUAUUGAUGAGAGUCAAGUAGAAGUAAGGAGGGCAAUACCCAGAGAAGAGGCUCGUAAUAAUCAGCCAAGAAGGGAAAGAGAGACAACAGAGAAUAGUGGUAGAGUAUUUAUAGGAGGUCUAGGUGAUGAUGUAACAGAUGAGGUCUUAAAGGAAUUCUUUUCGCGGUUUGGCGAAUUAACUUCUGCAAGUGUUAUGGUCGACAGAGAGACCAACAGACCCAGAGGAUUUGGUUUUAUCAUAUACAAAAACCCCGAAGAUGCAGAGAAAGCCCUCGGCAUUCACAAGGAUCUUGGCCCCAAUGCAGAGGCAAAAAGAGCACAGCCCCGUAGCCAGACGUCACGCAUGCGAAUGUUUGGUAUGGGAGGAAUGCCUAUGGCUGGUGGCUAUAGAUUCGAGGAUCCACGAUUUGCUGUAUCUAGAUCAGGCUAUGGUGGAUCAGGAGGCCCACAGAUGUAUGGCGGUUAUAAUUACGCCUAUCAUCCUUAUUAUGCUGCUUAUUAUGCACAGAUGGCUGCUGCCUAUGGAGGAGGAGCAGCAGGAUAUGGUGGUGGAUAUGCACAAAGCCCCACGGAUGCUGUUGGUGCGGAUAGACGCAUGCAUCCUCCAUCUAGAUCUACUCCUUAUUAA